GAAUCAAGUUCAUUGUGGGGUUUAUCGGAAACCAGCAGCCUGUGCGUGGAGAUCCAGAAAUGUGGGAUUCGUCUUGUUUAUGAGCAAGAUGUUGCAGGGUUUAUCCAAACAUCUAUGCAGUGUUUUGAUGGAGGCCAACAUCAAAUUGUUCUACAGGAAGUUGAUAAAGCUACAUUUGAGAGUCUGGAUGGUUUAAUGUAGUGCACAAGUACAUUUUGAGAUGGGAGGAACUACUUCUGAAGAAGGCUCUAAUUCUGCUGAGAAGGAACAUUAAGUCGGUUAUUCUGAGAUACCUUCAGCUCUCUCUCUCUCUCUCUCUCUCUCUCUCUCUCGGAGCUGAAAUUUCCAAGUGGUUGAAUAUAGGUAACUCUGGACAAAUCCAACUGCCUCCAAAUUGGGUCGCUGAUGGUAAUCAGAUCAUUUCGUGUUAAGUACCACCCGAUCUCAAGAAUUCAUGGGUCGAAAGGCGGGCAGGACAGAAUGGGCGGGAACUACUAACCAUGCGGAGAAAGUCAGGUGGUUGCAUGCAUGCUUUGAAUUCUAUUUGCUUCAUCUAUAUAGCACGUGCUUGAAUUCCUGAAUCCUGGAAGCAUAAGUAAUGAAUUCAGGGCAACUGCUCUGCUGCGUCCAAUAUAGCCUUGGCUUAGGAUUGCAUGAAUGUGCCCUUGGUCCCCUCCCCUGCCAGUUAUAUGCAAAUUGCCACCUAAUAAUUGUUGUGAUUCUCAAGCUGCAGAAGAUGAAGAUGAUAAUCAUGUUACGUCCAUGUUAAACGCAUUUGACAGAAAGGCAAGGAAGAAGGGGUUGCCUUCCAAAUUCCUUUUCUUUAGUAAAUUUUUGUGAAACUUUGAAAAUAAUGUUGUAUAUAAAGGGAUAAGAUAUUUUCUUCGGGUAUAUUCAUUAUUUUGAUGGUGAUAAUAAAUAAGUGAUUGUUGGUUCCAGCUUUCCAUCCCAUAAUGCUCAGCAUUGUUUCUGAACCCUUUAGAAGAGCAGUGGAUUUCCAGACAAAACUGAAACUUGGAACUGUUGCAGCAGCCAGAGCGAGAGCAAGAGCACUUCUUCUUUGAUCCAAUUGGUAAUUUCUGAACCUGAAAAUCAUCUCUACUCUUUCAGCUCAAGGGAAAGGAAGCCCUGAUGUUACGCCCAUGUGCUUGUGCGCGUCGCAUCUCUCACAGAGCCUUUAGCACAAUCAACCUUCCCACGCCUUCAGGCCUCAAUUUGCAAACGAAUAAUCUUCUCGGCGAAGUGCGGGAUCUCUCCACGCGUGGUCAAGUUAAGGAAGCCCUCUCACUCUUCUACACUCUUCAACCACCACCUCACUGCAAUCAAACCUACGCCACUCUCUUCCAUGCUUGUGCUCGCCACCAUUGCAUCCAUGAAGGCCUUUCUUUGCACCAUUACAUGGUUGCCCAGAAACCCAUCAACUCACCUGACCUCUUUGUCACGAACCACCUUAUUAAUAUGUAUGCAAAAUUUGGUUACCUAGAAUACGCCAACCAACUGUUUGAUGAAAUGCCUAGAAGAAACAUUGUCUCUUGGACUGCUCUCAUUUCAGGGUAUGCACAACGCGGGGAAACUGAAAAUUGUUUUCGUUUAUUUGCUGGCAUGUUGGUGCACUACCAACCCAAUGAGUUUGCGUUCACCAGCGUUCUCAGUUCGUGUGCGGAGAGUGAUGUUGGAUAUGGCCGGCAGGUACAUGCGCUUGCUUUGAAAAUGUCUUUGGAUGCUUGUGUUUACGUUGCAAAUGCUCUUAUUACUAUGUAUAGCAAGAUUUGUAAUCAUGGAGGUGUUUAUGAUGUUAGUAAAGACGAGGCGUGGAAUGUAUUUAAGAGCAUGGAGUUCCGGAAUCUCAUAUCUUGGAAUUCCAUGGUUGCAGGGUUUCAGUAUCGUGGACUUGGAGCUCAAGCUAUUCAUCUGUUUAUACAAAUGUACCUCGACGGGAAUGGGUUUGAUCGUGCCACGCUUCUUAGCGUCCUUUCUUCCAUGUGCAGAAGCAAUGGCCUUGAUGAUAAUGGGAUUACUAAGUUUUGUUUUCAAUUGCACUGUCUCACCAUCAAAACUGGGUUUAUAUUAAAAAUUGAAGUGGCAACUGCAUUAGUUAAAGCUUAUUCAGAUCUUGGAGGAGAUAUUGCUGACUGUUACAGACUCUUCUCAGAGACAAGUUGUCAUCGGGAUAUUGUUGCAUGGACUGGCAUCAUAACCACCUUUUCAGAGCAAGACCCUGAAGAAGCACUCUUCCUCUUUCGCCAAUUACGCCAGGAGAACUUAAUUCCUGACAGGUACACUUUCUCAAUUGUUUUAAAAGCUUAUGCAAGCCUUGCAACUGAGCGCCAUGCCUUGGCAGUUCAUUCACAAGUGAUCAAAGCUGGGUUUGAGGGCGACACAGUAGUUGCAAAUGCCUUGAUCCAUGCCUAUGCUAGGUGUGGCUCCAUUGCCUUAUCUAAGCAAGUGUUUGAUGGAAUUGAAUUUUAUGAUGUCGUUUCUUGGAACACAAUGCUUAAGGCUUAUGCCUUGUAUGGACAAGCUACAGAGGCAUUGCAGCUCUUUUCACGAAUGGACGUGAAACCUGAUUCCGCCACCUUUGUUUCCCUGCUCUGUGCUUGUAGCCAUGCUGGACUGGUAGAAGAAGGAACCCGAAUCUUUGACUCCAUGCUUGAGAGGUAUGGUAUUGUACCUGAACUUGAUCAUUACGCCUGCAUGGUUGAUAUUCUUGGUCGAGCUGGAAUGAUUGUUGAGGCUGAAGAGCUUGUAAGUAGAAUGCCAAUGGAGCCUGAUUCUGUAGUCUUGAGCGCACUCCUUGGAUCAUGUAGGAAGCAUGGAAAAACACAAUUGGCCAAGUUAGCAGCAAAUAGAUUGAAGGAGCUAGCACCAGAGGAUUCAUUAGGUUAUGUACAAAUGUCAAACAUGUAUUGCUCUGAUGGUAACUUUGGUGAAGCAGGCCUGGUUAGGAAGGAAAUGAAAGGGUCUAGAGUGAAAAAGGAACCUGGAUUAAGCUGGAUUGAGAUCGGAAAUCGGGUCCAUGAGUUUUCAUCUGGAGGCCGACGUCAUCCAGAAAGGAAGGUUAUAUGCAGCAAGCUAGAAGAACUGAUUGUGCGGUUAAAGGAAAUGGGUUAUGUUCCAGACACAAGCUUGUCUGUGCAUGAUGUGGAAGAGGAACACAAAGAGGAGCAAUUGUACCAUCAUAGUGAGAAGCUAGCUUUAGUAUUUGCUAUUAUGAAUGAAGGCAGUUCAAACUGUAGUCGGACUGCUAUUAAAAUAAUGAAGAACAUCAGAAUCUGUGUGGACUGCCAUAACUUCAUGAAGUUAGCAUCAAAUUUACUUCACAAGGAGAUUUUUGUGAGAGACUCAAACCGGUUCCACCACUUUCAUGAUGGCAUAUGUUCUUGCAAUGACUAUUGGUAACAAACUAGCAACACGGAACCAAAUUAAGCUGGUUGUGCCGGUUUUAUCACUAUGCUUCAUCGGUCCCCCUGAAUGGUUCAUGCAGAUGCUGUUGAUACUUGAAUUUUUCCCAUGAUUUCUGUGGAUCAUUUUGAGCCAGUGUCAACGUGAUAGGGUCCAUGCCUUCUUGCUGAAGCCAGGGUUGAUUUUGAGCCCAUCACAGCUUGUACGAGCCUAUCUAGAUUAUAUUGAAGCGAACAAUCUUUAAUUUAAAGAUAGGCAGUGCUUUUCGAACAACUCAGUUCACUAUGCAAGAAUUACCUGCAUGAGCAUGACCGGAAUUUAUCAGAGUUUGACUGCAAAA